AUGUCUAACUUUGACCCAAAUGCCAUCCUCCGUGGAGCGCAACUCACCUUUGUAGGCGCCCACCGAGCUCUACAAAACCCGGAGCUUUUCACCACACAACAUUACCGACAAGCUGCGAUUGCCGUCUGCGCAGGGCUCGCCAUCCGAAUCAUCCUCAACAUCCCGAUCUAUAUUGUCAAAAUUCUCAUAUGGGUCAUAUCCGUGUUUGUCAAUCUCGACCAGGAGACGUGGGACGACAAGGUCAUCUCGGGCUUGGACUUUAUUUCGAAGUCGGUGCUCCAGAUCCCCUUUUUUCUGAUGAUGGUCAUGGCUUCUGUUACCCCGACGCUGGACAACCUGUUCAUGGAGUCCCUAAAGUGGGUGGACACGACUUAUGUGCAGAAGCACAAAUCCGACGACCCAGCAACACUGAGAGGCAUGUACUAUCCAACUCUCAAAAUGUACCCGACGCAUGGCGAGAAGGAGAAGAAAGAGCGACGAUCCUUUGUUGACGGGGUUAUCAUCUUUCUCACGAAAUAUGGCCGCCGCGCCGCCAUUUCUCUGGCCAUCUAUGCCCUCACCUUCCUCCCUGGGAUAGGCCACUUCGUUCUCCCCGCGGCCUCGUUCUACACUUUCAACAAAGCCGUCGGCCCCGUUCCCGCCGGCAUCGUCUUCGCGUCUGGCCUCAUCAUCCCCAAACACUACAUGGUCCACUUCCUGCAGACCUAUUUUUCGAGCCGCAGUCUCAUGUCGCGCCUGCUGGAGCCCUACUUCCACCGCAUCCGCUUCACGCCGCAGCAGAAGAAGAUCUGGUUCAUCGACCGCAGCGGCGUCUUGUUCGGCUUCUCCGCCGCCUUCGCCGUCAUGGUCAAAGUGCCCCUGCUCGGCGUGCUGAUCUAUGGCAUUGCCGAGGCGAGCACCGCGUAUCUCAUCACCAAGAUCACCGAACCGCCUCCGCCCCCCGGCGGCCCAGCGAGUCAAGAGUACAUUGAGAGUGAGGUGAGGUGGAAGAAUAAGCAUUUGCUCUUGAAUUUGCCCCUGGAGCGGCUGGAUGAGUUCAAUGCCCGGAUGACAGGUGCAGAGAAGGUGGGGAGGGCGGAGAGUAUAGAAGUCCCGAGGAGGAAAUUUACAUGA